UCAAUGUCACUGUCAAAUAAAAAUCAAUACAAGCCCAAAGCUUUUGUACGAUUUUAUUGUUGUUGCGAGUUUUAUUAAGUUUAUAGAAGAAAAUCCGCAUUUACUCUUAUUAAAAGACAAUAAAAACUAUUAAUGAAAUAUAAAAACAAAAUGGCGCAUAGAUGGAGGGAGGAGGAAACGGUGGCUUUUGUGAACAUGUACAAGCAAUCACGAUGUCUUUGGGAUAUCAACGAUAAGCAUUAUAAAAAUCGACACGCGCGUCUAUCGGCGCUCAAAAUGAUGAUACAGUCGCUAGAAAUCCCUGGACUAACAGUGUACGAUGUCAAAACAAAGAUUAAGAACCUGAGAUCGACAUACCAUCAGGUUGUGAAGAAGGUUGAAAAUUGCAGGAAAGAUGGUCAUGUUUAUGUCCCUCGGUUGGUAUGGUUUGAUACAUUUACAGAAAUUAUCAACAGCGAAAAUAAAAAGAAUGUAAAAGAGGAGUUUUCUAAUGCGAGUUCGGACACUGUGAAUGAGUCUUCCACUGAUGGAUACUUUGACAGUCCGCACACACAAAGCCCUGAACCUGAUAAUGACACAGAAAACUACGAAAGCAAGGCAGAAAUCCAUUUUGCGGAAGUGUGCAGUUACAGUCCGCCAAAGAAAAAGCAAGCUACAGUGUCUAAGGAUAAAAUUAACACAUUAUUGGAAAAGAUACAGAGAUUGGAGCAAGGCAUGUCGUCACAAUCAACGGGCUUAAAUAACUUGGAUGAGUUUCAACUGUUUGCAAUGAGUAUAGCCGAGCAAUUGAAACAGUUACCUCUGGUUACAGCAUUGAGGUUACAGGUAGAAAUACAAAACCUUGUCGCAAAUGAGAGAAUCAGUGCUACAAAUUCCAAUGAGUGAAGAUACAGCAAAAUAUGAUGAAGUUUGAAACAAAUGAAUAGUUAUGUGAAUGAGGUCUAACAUUUACUUAUUUCUUGGUUGGGGACAACAGGAGAUCCUGAUGAUCUGUACUCCCAUUCUGGGAUGAUUUCACCUGAUUCCCAAAACAUUUUUUACAUUGUGACUAAUUUUUUAGGCAUUUCAAAAAUUUUUUGGGGUUGACAUAACUUUUUAUUAAAAUUAUACACUUACCAAUCAAUAUAUUCACUGAUAUCUGACAAAAUCGAUCAUUUUGUAGCAAUUGUAUCAAAAGCACUGGCGUUUCAAGUGUUGGUACAAAACAUAUAAUUUAUUUAUUUUGCUUCUUUUUUUACAUUAUGUAAAAUAUUAUGCGAAAAUAGGCCAUCAUUUUAAAAUAUAAAAUAGGUAUAUCUGCUAGCAUUAGAGUUAAGAGCGCCUAGGGAUCCAACGAGAGUAAUCUCAAUAUGCUGGCUGUGUCCGCCUCAAGUAUAUCUCUUGAUUCAAUGGACGAGAGGGAGCGACGCCACAUAAUUGUGGAUUUGUAAUUUACAAAUUUAUUUUUAAAACAUCAGCAACGUCGAAGGAUAGUUGACAUAAACAACGACUUUUGUUCGACGAGUUUUGAUAAUUCGUUAAAUUUUACCAUCAUACAUGAAUAUUUAUUCUUUAAAUUAUUCGUUUCAACGCUAAACACUUGAACAACACACACACACAAACAUGGUUUGAAGUGGGUCGGCGGCGCUAUCGCGAAGGCGCUAACGUGGAGGUACGAAUGUAAGGACAGGACAAAAACAUUUUUAACAUAUGUAUUGAGUUAUAUCGAAACUUGUAGAACAGAUUGCUGAAUUAAUGUAUUUAGUUUUUUAUUAUAUUUUUCACUUGAUUAAAGUGCGAAAAGUAUUAAUAUUUUUAAAUGACUAUUGUCAAAUUGUUUUUAAAUCAAUGGUAUAUUCUUCACUUAACAAUACAGCAAAAUGUUAAAUAAUUAAUUUAAUUUUAAAGAAAUAAAGACAUUUUAAUUUUGCUUUUAUGUAUGUGAAAAGUCCCUUGUCUCCUGACAAUCGGAAUAAUGAGUUGUAACUAGUGAUGUGCCAUUCCCAAAAAUAUACUUUAACAAAAAGGUUCCCAAUUUUGUGGGAGCGGAAAGUUGGAAUCCCAGGUAACAUGGAGAUGGGAAUGGCACAUCACAAGUUUUAAACGGCUUAUGAUAAUUACAUAAACAUAAAGACAUUAUUUUAUUUAUUAUGUAAAUGAAUGAUGAUCAUUAUAUGUAUUUUGUAAAUACAAUAAUGUAAACACUAUGAACAUAGCUGUCAAGAUGCGAAAUAUUAAAAAUAAUCUUUAAUUAUGGAAAUGUAACAUUUCCCUAUAUAAAAGUUUUUAUUAGAUUUAUUUAAGAUUAUUAUGGAGACAAAUAUUAUUAAACAAUUCUUCCAUAUUACAAAUAAAGUAAUUAUUACACGC